AUGAUUUGGGACGACAUUGUCAGAUGGAUCGAAGUACGAUGGAUAGACGGAUUCAGAAUCGAACUUCGGGAUUUGACGUCAUCAAUGGAGAAACCCCAAUGGUUUGAUGACGACUCCACCCUGCUAGUCAGCUACUGUCAUUUGUGUACUGGCUGUCAGUUGGACUGCACGAUGCCGAGUGCUCCAAGUAGUUGUCAUCGUUGUGUUGAUCGUCGAAAAUGUCUCCGUAGAGUUGCCAGAAGAGAAGUCCUUCUCCGAAUGCUGAGUACUUGUUGA